AUCUGAAACGUGUCCAUUUUUCCUGCACGUGGCAAAGCCAGCACUUAUGCAUAUUUAAAGACACCAUAUCCAUAACUGAUACUUCCAUAUUAGAAAUCUCAAUCUCCAGUUGAUCAUCAACUUCUACAGGCAUGGCUCAAGCUGAAGAAGUCAAGGAAACUUCAAAUAUUUCUAGCUUUGAUAAAUAUUUUGAGAUGAUACAGUCGAGGAAGAAAUUACCACUUGCAUUACAGGAGACUUUAACAGCUGCAUUUUUAAAGAUUCCAGUUUCAUCUUUCCCACAAGUUUCAGGAGGCAAAGUGAUUGAGAUCAUGGCGGACACUUCUAUUACUGAUGCUGUCAAGAUUCUAUCAGGAUACAACAUUCUAUCUGCUCCAGUCAAAAAUCCAGAUGCAGGUACAGAUACAGAUUGGAGACACCGGUACCUUGGAAUCAUAGAUUACUCAGCAAUUAUACUCUGGGUUCUAGAGACUACGGAACUUGCAGCUGUUGCUUUAUCAGCCACCAAUGCAACUGCGGCUAGUGUGGGUGCUGGAGCAGCCGGUACUCUCGGAGCACUAGCAUUGGGCAUGACAGUUCCUGCUGCAGUUGCUGGACUAACUUUUGCUGCAGCAGGAGCUGCUGUGGUUGGUGUAGCUGCAGAUACAGAGAAAGGAAAAGAUGCUCCUACAGCUGCUGAUAAUCUUGGUGAAGAUUUUUACAAAGUUAUCCUUCAAGAAGAGCCAUUCAAGUCAACCACUGUAAGGUCAAUACUGAAGUACUACCGCUGGGCACCUUUCCUUCCAGUUGCUAAAGACAGUUCUAUGUUGAGUGUCCUAUUGUUACUUUCAAAAUAUAAGCUGAAAAACGUACCUGUAAUCGAACGAGGCAAGCCUGAUAUCAACAACUACAUUACUCAAUCUGCAGUUGUACAGGGUCUGGAAGGAUGCAAAGGAAGGGAUUGGUUUGACUGCAUUGCUGCACAGUCUAUUGCAGAUCUAGGACUUCCUUUUAUAUCUUCUCAUGAGGUAAUCAGCAUCCAGAGCAAUGAACUGGUUCUUGAAGCCUUUAAGCGAAUGAAAGAGAAUCAAAUCGGUGGUAUUCCAGUUGUGGAGGGACCAAAGAAGAAGAUUGUCGGGAAUGUAAGCAUAAGAGAUAUCAGACACCUGCUGCUUCAACUAGAACUGUUCUCCAAUUUCAGGCAGCCCACUGUCAGAGAUUUCAUGAAUACUAUCGUUUCAACAACCCAAGAUUUUGGCAGAGUAUUCCCACCAAUAACAUGCAAGCUGGAUUCAACCCUCGGCAGUGUGAUCCAGACUCUUGCUUCCAAGUCUGUUCACAGAGUCUAUGUAGUAGCUGACAAGGAAGAUGAACUUGCUGGUGUAAUUACCCUAAGAGAUGUGAUCUCUUGCUUCAUAUUUGAGCCUCCUAAUCAUUUCGACGACCAUUUUGGGUUUUCAGCCAAAGAAAUGUUGAGUCAAUGAUAGUUUUGU